AUUUUAUUGUCUUUGAAAUGAAAUGGUUAAAUAAUUAAUAGAUUUUAUGUAAUUGCUUCUUUAGAUUUUAUUGUUAAAAAUAUUUAAAUUUAAAAACCGCAGUUGUUACGCUCACUCAUCAUAAUGUAUGAAUUUAUGACCUUGAAAGGCGUUAUUCUUCAGGUUUUACCCUGGACAAAUCCGCCAUUUACAGCUGCCACGUUCAAGAAGAUAAGUGAAAUAAGCUAAAUGACAAUCAUGUCAGCUUAAAUUGCCCUACGACUUUCGCCCACCGGGGCUCAGUGACAACAUGGCGUAAGUUCAUUUAUAUCACUAUCUAAUCGCUUUAAUUUGGGCCCCUGCUUAGAUAUGUAACAGUUUUUAGGCCACAUUAUUAGGUCAUUUAGGCCCAGUUCAGUUACUAUACUAUCCUAUACUACUAUACUAAAUAUAAUAAAUUACGAGUAUAAAUAGUAUGACUUGGCCACGGGUCUUAAAGUGAAGCCACAAGAAAUCAUGAAAAUGAAAGGGUUGGACCACAUAUUUUUAGUUUUAGCUUUUAUUUAGUUUGAUAUUCUUAAUUAGUUAUAUUAGUAGGUGUAGUGUAUGUCUGAGGUAACUGAAUGUUUUGUAAAACAAAUGACCCAGAAAACUGAAGAUAUGAAUGAGUUUCAGGUUAUGGUACUAAUUUUAAUUAGGCCUAUACUUUACUAUACUAUAAUAUAGUACUAAAGUGUAUUAUUAUUAGUUAUUAGUAUUAUUACAGUCUCAUAUUUACCAUAUAUUCACAUUAAAAAUUGAUAAGUUACAUAUCACAUGAAAUAGUUUUUAAUAAAAUAAAACUAGUAGGCCUAGCCACCAGAGUAAAAUUGUUCAGUUCAAAGUUACUGACUUUGAAAGUGACAAAUGUUUUUAAUAGUCUAGUCCUACAGUGUAGAUUUACCAAAACAUCUAUACUAACUAUGAGUUAUCCGAAUAACCCCUAAAGUGGGCCUUGAGCCUUGAGGUUGACCAAAAAAGGAUUCAGAAAUAAUUUAUUAAAUAAAUCGCCACAAGUUAUAAGUCAAGUUGUACUGUAUAGUAUAAUAUUAAUAUUGCAUUUUUCUUCCAUCCACUUGCCAUAGCAGUGUUCAGUUAUCUAUUAAAUAUUGCUAUAUCAUCUGAAACACACAGACUCAUUAUAAUUAGUUCAGAAAAUUGAAGCUCUUCUGUAAAUGUUAUAUUCAUUUUUUUCACUUGGAUGAUUUAAUAUCCUCAAAAGUCUGGGAAGUGCAACAAUAAUGCUAAACUCUAAAUAAAUUACAAUUGGGAGAGUAAGGUUUUAGAUAGUUUUUUGAAGAUUUGUGAGGAUUUUCAAAUUUAUUGUAAAGUGGCAGCAACAACAAAAACAGAUUCAUAAUUUAAUUUUAAUUUCAACCAUAAAUAAUUCAAAACAAUGACUCUGCCUUAGCUAACUAGACUAUGAAUAGCAAUUAAGCCUACCAUUUAUCAAAAUGAAAAGGGUUGCUCAUUCUCUUUAGAAAGAGAGUAUUUUUAAUGUAUUACUUACGUUUUUGUUUCAUUGGGAGUUAUGAAAAGAAUGUCACCUGGAAACUUUAUAGUUCAGUACAUAAUAAACUUAUUCCUUUAUUUCAGAACUUACCAGAAUGUAUUCCUAGCUACGGCUGCUAUAUCUACAAAACAAUUCUCAGACCAUAUUAUUGAAAGGAACUUGAACUCAAAUUUUGAUGAUGGAAUUAAACAUGUGGAACGAAGAUUUGCUGCUUGGCAGCGAAUGGGACCUGGACUUGUUGACAGACCAUCCAAAUGGCCAAUUCGGUGACCUUAAAUUGGGGAGCCGAACUGAUGGUGAUGAUAUGUUCAACUUUCAGCCCCAGGAUGCUGUGAUCGUUAAACACUUUGGGGAUCCAUCCAAGGAUAUUGAAAAUUUCUUGGGAGAUCCUUCAGAAGAUGGAGGUAUGUUUUGUUAGAUCAGUAGCCAUCAGCAUUUUGUUUUAUUUCAUCACACACUAAAUAUAAUUUCCAAAAGAAAUUUAGAAGAGGGGAAAAAUAAAAAUCAGCUUUAUCAGUAAGGAGCAGAAUCAACAAGCUAUAUAUUAUCAUAUUACUAUUAAACUUGGGGAUUUUCUAAAGGUGCCAUCUUACCUCUAAUACCCCUUUAUUUGUUGGUAAGAUGUCCUAAAAGCAAAUUUCAAAUUUAAUUUGUAUAGUUUGUAUACCGGUAUCAAAAUAUUGCAGCACUGGUUAGGAAAUGGGUAAGUUGAAAUUUGUGCAGUGCACUCAAAUUAUCUUUACAGUACUAGUGGUGGUAUUAUGGCAGCUCUGAUACCAUUUGCGACAUAAAGUUAUUGUAAUUAAAAUGCCAUUUUUCAUUGUCAAACAUGUUUUGCAUGCAACUUUUAGAUUUGUGACUUUAAUGGCUGAUAAAUUUUAAAAAGUUAAACCCUUAUUUAAACUUUUUGGUCCUCAGAUAUACUAGGAACAGAAUGGAUGGAAUCAUCUGAUCUUGGUUCCUAUCUGGAUGCACUGGGCAGUAGCAUUGAUGCAUUGCCACUUGAAUCCAGUUUGGACGAUUACACAUCCUCAUUAGAAACUGGAAAUGCUUUGAUCAAAGAAGAACCAAUUUCUCAAAAAUAUAAUUCUUCUAUCUCAAAAAUAUUUGCAGUUUCCAAUAAAACACCUAUUUCGGAUUUCAAAGAAAACUUUCAGGCAAUUUUGUCACCACCUGACUCACCAGAGCAGGUUGCUCCUUUCAUUCUGCUAUCUUCUCAUAAUCCAUCUCCUGGUGAGGCGAUUGAGUCAUUUCAGAAUGUUAGUCUUGACUCAUUUAGUUCUUCAUUGGAUGAAAAUGAUUCGAGCCUUAACAACACUAUCCAUGUUUCAAGUAUUGCUGGUAUAGAGUGCUGUGAGGUGGUCAACUCCUCUCUUUUAAUCAGUGAUGUUGAAAGCUUGGUUUCAAGUUCAGCACCUUCCUCGCCAUUCACUACUUGUAGCAUCAUAGAGUCAAGUCCAGAGCUAUAUAAAGUCAUAUCAGCUUCAUCCAUUGAGCCAGGCAAAAGAUUUUCCCCAUAUUCUAAAGCUAAACUCAGUAGGAAAGACUCAAAUGGUUCUCGCAAGGUGAGGCCCCAAGCACAACCAGUACCAGAGCAUGUUAUAGAAGAACAGCUGAACAAAAAAGAUAGGAAGAAGCUUCAGAAUAAAAAUGCGGCAAUUCGAUAUCGUCAAAAAAAGAAGAAUGAGGCUGUGGGAAUCAAAUCUGAGGAACAAGUGUUGGAAGAGGAGAACAGCAAAUUAAAGGUUAAAGUAGAGGACUUGCAGAGGGAGAUCAAAUAUAUGAAAAAUCUGAUGGAAGAUGUUUGUAGAGCUAAAGGUCUACUUUAGGCAAAUAAAAUAGUCAAAUAGUGCAUUAAUGAACUAGGAUUCUAGUUUUUGUUGUCAAUGUGAUUUUUUUAUUUUUUUUUUUUAUUUCAUUUUGUAAAUUGUGAAUGACUUAAUACAAAUAUUAAGGACAUAACUAAGGGACCAUCCAUAUAUUAUGUAUGUAUACACAUAUUUCUUUUGAAAAGGGGGUGGUUUUGUUGGUUGGACUAGUUGAUUGUUCUGCUUUCUGUGGUAGGGUGUUAAAUAUUGACACUUGAAAGCGUUAGUGUUUUGCUUGCUGUCCGAACCAGUUCGUUUCAUUAAUACUGGUAAGUCUCAAUGAACUUAUCUCAUCCAUAAUUUUGGGUUAUUUUCUUUUUAGUGUGGCUUGGAAUUCACCAAUACAUUUUCAUUAUUUUAUGUAUUUAAUUAUUCAUAUUUUUUUAUUUUUUUUUUGGCUGCUUUUCCAAAAAAUAUUAAUAUAGUGUGAUAGUGAUAUAUAAAUAUAUGUUUGGUGUACAGAUGCAUACUGUAUGGGUGGCCUCUGAUGUGCUAUGUAUUUCAUGGUCUGCAUUAAAAAAAAAAGUGAACAGCCAAACUGGAGUUUAUCAAUCUUGUUAUAAAAAUAUGAUUUUUGUUUCAAAUUUGAAUUAACUUUUGAAUAUUGUCACAUUUUUUCAUUGAGUAUAUUUUUCUUUUACAACCUUUUUUUGUGUGUGUGUGUUAAAGUUUGAUGAUUGAAGGGGUCAUCCAUAUUUUGACAUGCAAGUGUUGGGCAUGUGUCAACAAAUUUAUGUGGAAACUUAUAGACUCUGAAUCUUUUUAAGUUGCUGUCAUAAUUGCAACAAAAAUGUUAAAUUUUAUGAUGGUGCUGGGGAGCCCGAUGUUUGUCCCUUUACCCCAACUGGGCUUUAUCGGGAGUUACUGCAAGACAUUUUUUACAUGUGUCGUGGAUGGCCUGUUCAUCAGUUACUUUUUGUAUUCCUUUUUAAAUCAUAAUUUUACCUUAGGUUUUUUUACAAUCUUUCCCAAAUUAAAAUGAAAGAUUUGUGGCAUUGGUAAACAAAAGUUCUUCUUCUAAGGCAGUGGUUCUCAACCUUCCUAUUGCCGCGACCCUUUAAGACAGUUUCUCAUGUUGUGGCGACCCCCCAAGCCACUCAAUUACUUUCAUUGCUAUGUCGUAGCUAUUAGUAAAUGUGUCUUAGGCGAACCCUGGGAACAGGUCGUGCGACCUCCAAAGGUUUAAAUUGCCAACCCACAGGUUGAGAACCGCUGUUCUAAGGAAUAUGGAAGUAUCUGUUUAUUUACACUUACUAUUUUAUGGGCAAAGAACGUGACAACACCCUCCAAUGUUUAUUUGACAAAGAUAAAUAAAUAACGUGCCAUAUUCUCAGUUGGAAAUUUUUUGCCUUUUUUAAUGGUCUAAUUGAAGGGUUGGCAAUCUUUUGGUAAUAAGCCUGCCAAAGUAAGACUUCUAAAUCAUUCAGUGUGCUAAUAACUAACUCUACCAUUUAAGACACAUUUUUUAAGUCAUUUAAAAUUAAUUUUUUGGUCUUGUGUGCCAAAGUAAAAUCUUGCAAGAAAUAUCCCUGCUCUAAUUCAUAGGAUUUACUACUUUCUAGUAAUCUACAUAAGAAGCCUAUCACAAUUUCAGCACUUGGCACAUUAUUUUAUGGUGCGGUAAUUUUUCUAUGGAUGCUUGAUAAAGUUUUGUUGUCUGUAAAGUUUCCACAAUUAUGUGAAGAGGGACAUUUUAAUUUUUGGCGAAUUUGAACAUUUGAUUAAAAGAAAAUAACAUGCUCUCCCUUCCCAUUUUUGUACAUAUGUGUCAUUAGUGUCAAUAGGCUCUUCAGUAAAAUUAUUUUAAUAUACAUUUAAAAGAAUAAUUUUGUGGUCGUUGGAAGUAGAUUUUACAUGUCUGUCUUUGUAUACUUCUGUGUAAGAGAUAAUUAUAGUAUAGUACUGUAUGAAUAGUACAAUAAUAUUAAUAACAAAUAAAAAGGAAUUUUCAUAACAAAACAUGUAUUGUUGUUUUUUUUUACUAUUAAGAGAUUUAUGAGCUUUUGGUGCACAGGUAAUAACAUAUGUGGGCUUUAUUAUUACUAUUACCAUACAAAAAAAAUUAAUGCUGGCCGCUGCACUGCCUUGGAUUCUCAAAUGAUGGUUGUGUGGACAAGGACAUAGAUAUAUUUUUCAUGAAAUAAAACAUAUAGGCUAAGUUUUAAGCAUAGUUUAUUUUCAAAUAAAAUGCUGGGCCUAUUUUCUUCUUUGAAAAAUCCUAAUCCAUUUUGCACGAGAUUAAAAUUGAAGAGAAAAAAUAAUAUAAACCGGGUAUAUAUUCCUUGUGUUAGGAAUGUUUCCAUUAAUCAUGGUUAUUUAAAUUUAGGGUACCGGUAUAAAGGGUCAUUCAUAUAGUAUUUAAUGCACGUACAAAUAACGCAAUAAAAGUACCGGGUGUUAGUCAAAAUUUUGAACCCCCGUAGUUUUUGGACAAACACCCACCCCCUUUUACGAGCUCUCGCCUACACCCCACUCUUUAUAUAAAGGAAAAUAAAUGUAAUCAAGUGACUUUAACCAGUAAUUCUCAAUUGUGGCGUAAGCCUCACGGGGAGGCAUUUGAAGAUGUUUAGGUAGACACGAAACUCUCGUGGCGCUGGAGGGAAGUGGGUUUUUAAAGUUUCACAACGACGAGCUGGGGCUUAAUGUUUAAACGGGUUGUUUUGUUUUUAAAUUGCCAACUACCUUAGUCGUUAUCAUAUACCGGGUAUUGAAAUAAAAGUAUACAUCUUUAAUGUUACUGUUUUAUCUUGAGGCCUAAAAAUUUAUUUAAAGGCAGCAAAAUUGAAAAUCAUUCUACUUUACCGCACAGCAACCGCUUCCCUCCCCCCCCCCCCGAAUUUUUUUUUUUUUUUGUUAAGUGGGGGGACGAGGUUAAACGUCUGAGAAGCACUGCCUGACUGAAUGCCUGAUAAAUUUGUCACAAAUUACGUAACACCCACGGUGGACUUAAGUAAGUUACUAUAUUAAUUAAUUUUAAAAAAAUAUAUAGCCUAUUGGAUAAGAAUUAAAAAUCACGGAUUUCACAGAUUUUUUAGAUGACAGUACAGCUAGCUUUCUUAGAGAAUUUAAGAAUAAUAUUUGUAGAAUUUGUGGAUAUAUUUACUUCAUUCCGAUACACCCCCCCCCCUUUUACACAUUACAGAACUGGUAUGCAAAAACUCCAAAAUCAACAACCCCCUUCCUCGGUGCGUACUGUAAUAUAUGGCCUCAGUGUGUACUGUAAUAUAUGGAUACCCCCAAUUGCAUCUUGAAAAAAAAUAAAUAAGCUUUUAACUUUUUUGGCAUAGCUUGUUUAAAAUUUUAAUUAAUUAAAUUUUUUUUUUAAAGGAUUAUAUAAAUUCUAACUUCAAACAUACAACUAGACUAAUUCAAAGUAAAAUGACUUUAUUAUAAAAAAAAAUGUAAAAAUUACAAUACACAUCGCUUGGAGAUGAGUCAUUAACUGCACAAAAUGAAAAGCUCGGCAGAUUUGCUCCUGGGCUCAAAACUCGAUGUCUUCCGUAACUGUCGUAAUGGACCUAGCUUCUAUUUUUUUUUGGUCAGGAACUGAAACCAGUUGACGUUGUUGUUACUGCAAUUCAAUCUCUUUUUUCACUCCCGUGUUUCGCUGAUAUCAUCAGUGAUAAGAGUGGGGUAUUGGUUGGUUGGGCAGAUAGAAUGCACUCUUGCCUGGAAUUUUUGUUGUAGUUGCCAUAAGAUUAACAAACAAAAUUAGUUGCGACGGGCUGGUCAAAUAACGCUGGCCGCUAAGUAACGAGUUCUUCCUAUAGUGAUAAACUAACAAUUUCCUAUUAUUCCCAAUUUGUAAAGCCAAUGUUUAACUUUAAAAAAAAUAUAAAAAAUCUCUCAUCUGGAAUUCAUUUGUACACAAUCUGAGAUCUGCUUUAAAAAUAAUUCCGAGCCUUAACUAGACUAAAUCAACUUUAAAAUGUUGUUAAACGCCCGCAACAUGAAUUAUUUCAGAAAGUCAUCUAACUGUACCCCUCACUUUUAAAAAAAAAAUCUCUCUUAUUAAUUGUAAUUGUGGUUGCCAUUUGCCAAAAGGGCCUACAUGUACAUUUUUUUUGGCCAAUACUUGUAAAUUUUCUUUCGUGAAAAUUUUACAUGUAGGCCUACUCAUUUAAUAAAAGUUAUAAAAAUCAUCUAGAUCUAUCAUAUUCUCGAUUUCCUCAUCUGAACGUUGCACAACUUCCUGCAACUCCGAUAAUAUUGAAUUUCCUUCCCAGUCUUCGGUACUAUAAUCUUUAUCCAAAGAAUCCUCUGAUUCGUGCCCACUAUCAUUUGAUCGCUGUGUUGAUGGUGUUGACACUUUGCCGACAUCUUGAAAACGAUGAUGUGCUGGAGAGUGGCCGCCGUUUGACACUGAUGUGCAUGUACUUGUAGGAGUUGAUGGUGAAAGAAUUUGAGGACAACUGAUUUCAGACGUGGUUGGCGGCGAUAGAAGUGGAAGGCUGCAGGAAGCGGGUAUUGGUAGGCCGAUAUUACAAAUCUGGGAUGACUCCCACUUGGAUGCAGGCUGGGAAUAGCUGAUGUUGUCCAAAUCAGUUGCUGUGGCUACUUGUUGUAGACCUUGAUAGUCAACAUUAGAAACGGUGUUAGGGGGCAUGGGUAGGCCUACAAUAGUGGAGCUGCUGUGAGAAGUUUCUAUGUUUUCAGUAUUUACAACAUUGUUGUUGUUAGUCAUGUUAGCACUAACCGUGCGUCGUUUGUGUGUGGAAUUCUUACAAGCCAUUUCUGAGACACUUAUUUCCAAUUUUCGUUUUGUAACUGUGACGCUCUUUUCAUGUUUCAGUUCUACACUGUUAAGAAUAGGCGCUAGGACAACGAUGUUAUUGUUUUGGGGAUUAUAUGUAACAUGUCCUGCUUCCGCGGGAAUAAAAUAUAACAAUGCAUUAUUAGCGUGCACUGUAGUCUGUGCAUUAUAAGGUAGACUACUACUAUUAUUGCUUUGGUCAACUGAGUCUUUGGGUAAUAACAUAGGCUUAGAGUUAUUCGAUAUGUAGCUAUUUUCGUUUCGCUUGCUAAUAUUUGUUUUACAUUCUUUAAAUACUAGCAGAAGUCUGUUUUCAGUGUCGAGUGUAUCUUGACAAGCCUCGGAGGGAGGAUUUAGAUGGCGCAAACUUUCAAUAGUUUUGAAGAUAUUUUGAACAUACGGUAUUUCUGAAAAAUUGUGUUUUUCAUACAAUCUUAAGAUGGUUUGCUGGUCUUCUGGAAUACAUUUGCGUGAAACGUUUUGUUUAAGAAAAUUAAACUUUUCUUCUAAUUCAGCCACUGUGUCCUUUGGAGUAGAUGUUGGAUUUUUCCAUUUCAAGUGAGCAGGCCAGUAGGGAGGAGGCUCCAUUUUCCAGAUUAGUUCCUGACCAUUGGUUUUACCGACCAACAGCCUCGACAGUUCACGUACUUCAUAUUGUAAAAAGUCUUUUUUAUUAAAUGUUUUAUCCGCCAUUUUGUCUGACAUGACAGCGAUGCAAUCUGUCAUGCAGGUGACCAAAAAGGCUUGAUAAAAAAUAGGGUAUGUCGCUUUGAUUGAUAAGUCGCGUAUGGAAAUCGCUUGUGGUAAACCUUCGUCUGCAUCGGCCAGCCAUUCUGAGAGUUCUUUGACACUUAGGCCUUCUGACAUCAUCAAGCCAACACUGGAGCCAGCCACUCUUCUUAUCGCAUCCGUUCCUUCAGCAAAUACCGUGUCAGUGACGUGAGCCCAUUUCAUUACCCACGAACGCUGUCGUUUGCUG